AUGACAGUGCUUGCCCCGAACGACCAAGCUAUUGCCGCGUUCGUCACGAACAACCCAAACAUAACAUCGGACGACGGCGCUGUUCGGGCGUUGCUGCAAUAUCACCUCGCAAAUGGCACGCAUCCAUCGGCUACGUUUGGUCUACAGCCUCUGUUUGCGCAUACGUUGUUGAACAAUGCGAGCUACGCCAACGUCACGGGGGGCCAAGUGAUAGAAAUCACCACCGACAGUGGCAAGCCUGCCGUUGUGUCGGGAGUGAAGGCCGUAUCGCACCUACUGGAGGCUGACAUCCUCUAUGCCGGCGGUCUGAUACACAUUGUGGACUCGGUCUUGACCAUACCGAUCUCGGUGCCGGCCACAAUCACGGAAGCAGGGCUCACAGACCUCAUCGCUCUGUUGGAUAAAGGAGGAUGGCUCGAUCCGUCCUCUCCGGCCGUGACCAUCAUCAACACUCUAUCCGAUCUCUCAAUCUUUGCGCCCAACAACCCCCAAUUCGGCGCCUCGUUCACCGGCUGGGAUGGCCUGUCCGACACCGAUCGGCUUUCGAUCUUGGAGUACAGUAUAUCCCAAAGCGACACGGUGAUAUACUCGUCCAACUUUCGGAACAACACCAAGAUCGCCACUCUAGAUAGAAUCUCCAGCACCAUGACCAAUGUCAGUGGAGACUUCUACGUUGAUUCCUCGCUCAUCACCACGAGAGACUAUCUCACGUCCAACGGCGUUUUGCAGGUUCUCGAUAGCCCUCUGAACCCCAACACGACCGACGCACGGCCUUCCUCGGUCCCAACAGCGUCCUCGAGCAAAGACUCGAGCGGCCUCAGCGCGGCGGCCGGGGCGGGCAUCGGCAUCGGCAUUGGUGCAUUGGUGCUUGGCGGAGCCCUUGUUGUUGCCCUGUACAUGCGCAUCAAGAGGCGCCGACGGGAUCCGAUGGCAGGUAGUGAAAGACUCGACGGGGAAUCACGCGAACGUGUUGUCCACCGAUCCGAUCCUAGUGAGCCUCCACCCACCUACGAACUUGACACCAAAUCAAUAGUCGAAGGCCGACCCGGCGCCACUCGAACUCGUGUUUUCGAAGUCCACCAUCCUGUGAAACCGCCUUCUCCCAUGGAGAUCGACGGUAUAGAGAGGAGCAGGAUCAGCAUCACGAUCGAAGGAGGUGCUCCCCGACACUUGGGCUUCCAAGCUCGCUACUAG